AUGGGCGAAAUAUCUAAAACAACGUCUACUGGCUCGGGAUUCACCACAACCAUGGCAUACAAGUCAUACACCAACAGCUUGGGACAAAUGACAACUGUUCGAAAGAAUCCUUACUAUAAGUAUUCGCCCAGUGUACCUGGGUCGGUGAUUUUCGCGGUUUUGUUCGCGAUCGCGCUCGUGGUGAUGGUCGGGCAGGUCGUGUACUUCUGCAGAAAGAGAACUGUAAUGGAGCGGACCUUGCUCGAUGGUGGCGGCAGCGCUUACGGUGGCGGUCUCGCCGACAGCUCGGUGAAGAAAGAGAACACGUUCGAAUCCACAGAGUCGACCACUUUCGUCCCAGUCAAGCCUUGCACUAACACUAGACUCGUCACUAAGUUUCUGCCGCUGCUCAUAGGGCUCGGGACAGAAUGCGGAGGGUACAUUGCAAGGAUUGUGUCGAAAAAGGAUGUAUUUGCGAUCGGGCCGUACGUGGCACAAACCGUUAUGUUAUUGGUGGCCGCUGCGUUCAUGGCCGCUACGAUCUACAUGAACUUCGGUAGGCUGCUGGUGGUUAUGAAUGCCACAAAGGUUUCGUUCGUUCCGAUUAGGUUCAGCACCGCGAUUUUUGUUACUGGUGAUGUCGUCAGUAUCUUGUUGCAGGCAGCCGGUGGUGCGAUCCUAGGAACCAGCGACAACGACACAUUAGGCUCCAACAUAGUUAUCGGCGGCCUUGCGAUCCAAGUAGCCAUCUUUGGAUUAUUCGUCAUUACCGAGAUCCGGUUCUUGUGCCUCGGGGACAAAGUGUCGCCUAUCACCGCUUGCAUCUCACGCCAAUGGAAGGUUCUCAACAUCAAUCUGUUUGUGUGCAGCAUUCUGAUUCUCAUUAGAUCCAUUAUCAGAUUGAUAGAAUUUAUUCAAGGCUACUCCGGUUAUAUUAUGGUACACGAGUGGUUUCUUUUCGUAUUCGACGGUAUGGUAAUGAUACUGGUUGUCGUGCUGUUCAUUGGAACAUUUCCUAAAGGUAAUUUAUUCAAAGUUGAAUUCGAGUGUACGUAUAUGCUCAAGAAACCCUCCUAUUAUGCUAUGCGAGAUGCUUAG